AAUCUUUAUCAAAUCCUUAAUGGUGAAGAAACACAUAAAGAUCCAAUCUUUUUCCAUUAAUAUAUAUGGGUCUUCUUUAAUUCAUUCAUUUCACUAAUACCCACAAAUUAUUUCAUCAUCAAAAUCAAUUAUCAUGAAUCAUAAUAAUAAUUUCAAUAACAAAAAACAAGAACCAUUUAAUGCGCCUUCUAUAAUGAGUGGAACUUUGUAUGAAUAUGAUAUUUAUGAGUAUUUAAAACAACCAGUUGGAGAUGAUUCCGAUCACCGGACUACUCAUCAUGUUGCCGGAGAUAUAUUCUCCGGCGUCGGCGAUGGUGGUCAAUUUGGAAACAUAGAUAAUUUAUAUAGGUUUUCAAGUGGUGGAAUAGCGGGAGACCCUUUAUGGCCCCAAAAUCUUACUCCGAAGAACUCUGGUGUCACGGUGAUUAUGGACUCCCAAUCCUCGAUAUGUGCUGAGAGUCCCACUUCAGAUAACAAACCUGGUAACAAUGUGAUUGGGGCGACUAGUGAGGAUGAACAGACGGAUGAUGAAAUCGAAGCUGGUCAAUGUGUACAGAGUAACGACCAAAUGGAUGUUAAGCGGAUUAAAAGGAUGGUUUCAAACAGAGAAUCUGCUAGGCGCUCAAGGAGAAGAAAACAAGCUCAUUUAACUGAUCUUGAGCAACAAGUGGAACGACUGCGAGAAGAGUAUGGAACGUUGUUCAAGCAACUCACCAAUGCUAGUCAACAAUUCAAAGAUGCAUCAACCAACAACAGAGUGCUCAAGUCAGAUGUGGAAGCCUUGAGAGCUAAGGUGAAGCUGGCUGAAGAUAUUGUUGCUAGGGGCUCAUUAACAUCAAGCCUUAGUCACCUCAUUCAGAACCAUUUAACCACUCCCCAAUUGUUCAACAGUCAAACCAUGUCUAGAAUGGGCAACGUCUCUCCAACCAUAACCGUACGUGGUGAUGACCAUGGUCCCCACCCAGGUGUAGCCCUACCGGGUCAACACGUGAUGGGUGGACUGGGGAUUAAUACUGAUGCUGGAAGCUGUGUAACUGACAUAUGGCCUUUGGAUACUCAUAGUACCAUUUGAACAUAAAAUCAACGGGUUUGGUGCUUUAGAACACUCUCGUAAACUAUCCCUGUUAUCUAUUUUCAUAGCUCUGCCGUAAUUUAUGUACUACUUAUAUGAUUUGAAUGCUGUGGCAAAAUCUUGAUAUGAUAUAGCUCUGUAUUAGAUUUGAAUUAUGAUAUGAUUGUGUAUGGACUCGAAAGGCAUAUGCUCUUAUAUUAGUCUAAAUUCUAUGCUGAA